AUGAUUAAUUUCCUCCGUCGUUUCUUCACCACCACGCCUAUUACCGCCGCCAGUAUGUCUGCUGCUCAAACGAAAGCUGAGGGCAUUAUUGCUGAUAAUGCUGUUGCCGUCUUCAGCAAAUCCUACUGUCCCUACUGCAAAGCCACCAAGAAGCUUUUAACCGAUUUGAAAGCAAACUUUUACUCUAUCGAACUUGAUCAAGUUGACGACGGCUCAGCAAUCCAAGCCUACCUUGUCGAAAAAACAGGUCAAAGCUCUGUCCCAAACAUCUUCAUUGGACAAAAACAUGUGGGUGGAAACUCGGAUUUGCAGGCCAAGAAUAAGCAGGAUUUGGAGAGUCAGUUGAAGGAGUUGAAUGUUAUUCAGGCUUAG